GAAGAGCGGGAGAGAGAGAGGGAGAGAGAGAGAGAGAGAGAUCCUCCUACCUGGAGCCAUAGAUUGCAAGAUACGUAGUGUUACCUGGGGAAGUCAGAACAAGUAAAAACACAUUGAACUUCGGGGCUCUAUGAGGCAGUUGAUCAAGAUCAGGGCUUGCUCGUUUUCUCCCUCCGACCGUCUGCCUCGGGUUUUUUGUUUUACCGUUUUGAGCAGCUCUUUCUAUUUUCCUCCCUCUAUAGCUUCAGUACCGAGCCAGGUUCUGUCACCAUGGCUCUGGGAAGAGCUGCCCGUCUGCACGCCGCUGAUUUUGUGCAGUUCGGCCGGCUUUGCUCCCGGGCAGCUUCCGAAACGCUCUUGACUGGGAUUUAACCGACAAGAUCAAUUCGACUUUUUGUGCAAUUUUUAUGGCUCAGUCCAUUCUCUAGAUCAUGCACAGAAACUUUCGGAAGUGGAUUUUCUACGUGUUUUUAUGCUUUGGAGUCAUCUAUGUCAAAUUAGGAGCUUUGUCAUCUGUGGUGGCUUUAGGAGCUAAUAUCAUCUGCAACAAAAUCCCAGGCUUGGCCCCUCGGCAGCGAGCAAUCUGCCAGAGCCGCCCUGAUGCCAUCAUUGUGAUCGGAGAAGGGGCACAAAUGGGAAUCAAUGAGUGCCAGUACCAGUUUCGGUAUGGGAGGUGGAACUGCUCUGCGCUGGGAGAGAAAACAGUUUUUGGACAAGAGCUUCGAGUAGGAAGCAGGGAAGCUGCCUUCACCUAUGCCAUUACUGCUGCCGGGGUUGCACACGCUGUCACGGCCGCCUGCAGCCAGGGCAACCUCAGCAAUUGUGGCUGUGACCGAGAGAAACAGGGCUACUACAACCAGGAGGAGGGCUGGAAGUGGGGAGGCUGCUCUGCGGAUAUCAGAUACGGCAUUGAGUUCUCCCGGAGGUUUGUUGAUGCCCGAGAAAUCAAAAAGAAUGCACGAAGGCUGAUGAACUUGCACAACAAUGAGGCUGGAAGAAAGGUGCUUGAAGAGAGAAUGAAACUGGAGUGCAAGUGUCACGGAGUUUCAGGUUCCUGUACAACCAAGACCUGCUGGACCACCCUUCCUAAAUUCAGAGAGAUCGGAUAUAUUUUGAAAGAGAAAUACAAUGCUGCAGUGCAGGUGGAGGUGGUACGAGCUAGUAGACUAAGACAGCCAACUUUCCUGAAGAUCAAGCAGAUCAAGAGUUACCAGAAACCAAUGGAAACAGAUUUAGUGUACAUCGAAAAGUCACCAAACUACUGUGAGGAAGACGCCUCCACAGGAAGUGUUGGCACCCAGGGACGACUCUGUAACCGCACCUCUCCCAAUGCGGAUGGGUGUGACAUGAUGUGCUGUGGAAGAGGUUACAACACACACCAGUACACCAAGGUAUGGCAGUGCAACUGCAAAUUCCACUGGUGCUGCUUUGUGAAGUGCAACACUUGUAGCGAGCGGACAGAGGUGUUCACCUGCAAAUAAUGGCGUCGUGCACAAAUGAACAGAGCAAAUUGCCACCAGUGAAGACAGUGGAGGACAACAAACGACAACAGCAUCAUUUUGCACAUCUAAUCUUCUUCGGGAAAAAAAAUAAACCAAUAUAUAAACCAAUCCCUCCCCACCACUUACACCUCUCCAGAUGGUGCAUUUUGGCUGGCUGACUGUUGUGACUGCUUUGAAAAACAGGACAGUGGGACUAAGGUGAUGUUAACAAGUACAUGAAACUUUUUUUUUUUCUCUCUCUCUCUUUUUUUUUUUUUUAAGCUAGAAUCCGGGUGUUGUAGAGUUCUUCAAGUAAGCGUUAUACAUAUCAGUGAAGCUGAUGGCAUUGCAGCUCCCAUGACAUUUAAAGAAAAAGACACUUUCUCAUAUUUUACGACAGAAACACCAAGCUCUGUGCAAAUAAAGACUUCUUUUUGUUAAGACACAAAAUCUUCACUGACUAGAACAGAACAGUUUUGCUGCAAAACCCUAAAUUUAUAAGAAAGCAGGUAGAGAGAAAACCACAACUGGUGGGGAGAUAAAACCUGUGGCGGAAAUACUCCACUAUCAGCUUGAAAAAAUAAAGUUAACAAAAUUACAUCAGCUGCCAGUGACACUGGAACUCUUUGAGUGAACCUUAAAAAUAAUUAUUUAUGUUUUUAAUAGCAUCAAAAAAUUCUAAGCACUAACGGGUAGUUAUGUCUUAAUUCUGUACUAAAUGUAAACUUAUUGGAACUCUGACUUUAUGAUUUUUGUAUUGGUUCUCCCUAAGUUCUUCAAUGCUACUGAUCUGUUGUCACUCCACUAGUAGAGAGUUCAAAUUCUGUAGGCCUUAGGCAAUGACCAGAACUGAGCAAAAGAUCACGUGAAGCUGUGGUUACAAAUGCUUGAUGAAGACUUUCUCGUUUGCCUCCUGACUAUGAGUGACUCUUCUAGAUUCAGGCUUCAGGCAUGGGGCACCUACCCCCAGCUCCCUGUAGGGAGUUGUGGGAUACAAAUGCUUCAACAAACAUUAAAGAUUUUGCUUUGCAGUCAAAUGCACUGGCAGGAUCUUCCAAGCAUUACACUUUGCCUUUAAUGGUUAAAACAUAAGAUUAGCAAUAGUUUUUAAAAAAUUAUCAGCUCAGAAUCAGCUGAGAAGUUAAUUAAUAUAUGGUAGCUGAACACUAUGUUGCUGCAGCCUGUAAAUUGUGAUGGCUUCAUGAGCAUAAGAAAGAUAAAACGUGGGUUAGUCAUGUCAUCAUUAUGCUAAGGUUGGCAAUAACAUACCCCUGGUAUAAAUAUAUGAAUAUUAAGAAAGUAGAGGUCUUUUUACAACAGUAUUCAAUUUUAAUUCGCACUUCUUUUUCCUCUGAGAGAUUUAAAAAAAAAAUCCUCUGACAUUUUACUACUGCAAAACCCAGUGAUUCUAACACAGACACAUCCAUUAUAAUACAGCCCAUUUAAUUGUAUAAUCAUAUGCUUGCAGCAGGGAUCCCUACCUGAUUUUCAGAAAAAUUGGAUUAAAAAUGUACUAACAUCUGCAUAUCUAAAUUUCUAGCUUUUCUUUCAUCCUUUUACUUAUCAUGAGGGGCGGACAGCCAUGGGGACUCCCCACCCAGUGUGCUCCUGCACACGUCACCUCACAUUGUGCUCUUGGGGCAAGGGGCUGGCAGAGUUGCUGUGCUGCUAGCUCCCAUGCUGUGUAUGUGGAUGAUCUAGGAUCACCUCCCAAACGUAUGGGCUUGUGCUAUCAAAAGUAACCAGCCACAUGGGGACCUUAGUUUGACUGCUCAUGAGGACCUGCCUUUCUGACAGAGACACUUACCCUCUGAAAAUCAUGAGUCACCCAUGGGGCAACUGAAAUUCUAAGCACUCAUGCUUUUUUGUCAUUGCUGUUGGUUUCUAAAUAACAAUCACAGGUUCAAAUUCAGCCUUGGCGUAAAUGAGUGCAACUCUACAAAAGGAAGCUGGGCCCCUCCCCAAAUGUUAGGGUCACUCCAUAUAAUUUAAAGUUCCUUCGAUUCAUGGGUAUAUUGUUGUUGAAUGAUAGCGAAAUACUGUACUUUCACUACAUUCUUGACAGGAAGCAAAUAAAGCUCCCAAGCACAGUAAUGCACAGUCUUAUGAUACUAGAUACUGUAAAUAUAUUAGAAUAGUAUUUGUUAAGUACAGUUGAAGAAUCCAAUUAAGUUAUAUUAUUGUAUAUCGUUUAAAUGUCUAUAGAGUAUUUUAAAUUAUUGUGAACUACACUGCAUUAAGAAAAAAAGGUUAUAUAUUAUAACAUCAGCCACUCUGAAAAGUGGACCAAAGUGAUGCUAUCUUUUUUUUUACACCCCUAUUUCAAAUAGCUAUGUCAGCUAUUCACCACUGUAACAAUCCUACAAUUGGAUUAUCUGUCUGAAACAAUAUCAUGUUUCAGAGCAUCCUAUAAAAGCUUUGCUCAUUAGGGGUGCAGCAUUCAGAAAGGUACUGCUGUAUGGCACAAAGCAGAGGCUGAUCACAGAAGUGCAUGGAUUUUGAACUAUGUCCCAAGAAAAAGCAGUUUGGAUCAGAAAACACCAUUACCACUACUGUACUGAAUAAGAAAAAAAAAGAAAAAAAAAAGACAAGUUUUUACGAAUGUGUUUAUGAACAGAAGUAGGUUACACACAACUUUUCUUUUAAAAAAUGUAGUUUGAUGUCAAAGAAUUGUGAUAAUUGAGGUUUGAAUGUGACCAGCAACAUAGUAUGGUUUAACCAUACAUUAGCCAUGACAAAACUCAGAAUACUGUAUGUUAUUAAAGAGUAUAAGAACAAAGAUCAAUUUGUUUACUAUGUCAAUGUUUUAUGGCA